AUGGAGAGCUCCCCGGUCCUGUCCUCCCCGGCGAGGCGGUACGCAUCUUGCGAUGAUUUAUCUUCUAAUUUUGUCCUCAAAUCUCUCUUUGGUUUGGUGGCCAUUUAGCAUCGCCGCCGCCGUCUUGUUUGCAGGCUGGAGGGGAAGGUGGCCAUCGUCACCGGCGGCGCCAGCGGCAUCGGGGAGAGCACCGCCAGGCUUUUCGCCCGGCACGGUGCCAAGGUCAUCGUCGCCGACAUCCAGGAUGAGAAGGGCCAGGAGGUCUGCAGGGAAAUCGUGGGCGACGGCGGCGUGGCCUCCUACAUCCACUGCGACGUCUCCGCCGAGGCCGACGUCCAGGCCACCGUGGAGAUCGCCCUGAGGUCUCACCGCCAGCUGGACAUCCUGUUCAAUAACGCCGGCGUGAUCGUGAAGGACCAGCCCCUCCUCGAGGUCGACAGGUCGGACUUCGAGAAAGUGAUGGUCGUGAACGUGAUCGGCGUCUUCCUGGGCAUCAAGCACGCGGGGCGAGCCAUGGCCACCGCCGGGGGGGGAAGCAUCAUCAACACCGCCAGCGUCGCCUCGGUCAUGGCCGGCAUGACCGCGUCCCCCUACACGGCGUCGAAGCACGCCGUGGUGGGGCUGACCAGGGACGCCGCCGUGGAGCUGGGUCGCUACGGCGUGCGGGUCAACUGCGUCUCCCCCCAUCUUUUGGCGUCGCCCUCGGUCUGCAGGGAAGUCGGGAUGGACGCCAGAGUGGUGGAAGACGCCGUGGAGAAGGCCUCUGUCCUGAGAGCCGCGGCGUUGAAGGCGCAGGACAUCGCCGAGGCGGUGCUCUACCUGGCCAGCGACGAGUCCAGAUACGUCAACGGUCAUAACCUUGUGGUGGACGGCGGCUACACCACAACCAAUCCCAGCUUGGGGGAACACCUCUUUGCCUCCUCCUCCUCCUCCUGA